ACCCAACUGUGAACCAACCAAAAACUUUCAAAUAGUAAUUAAUAGCCUUUUUCUUUUGUAGCCAAUGACUUUCUCUAUACUUGCACCAUAUCCAUUUAGCUUUACUAAAAUAUUUCUUCCUCAAGAAAAAAUGUAUUCUUCUCUAGCAAUAUACAAUUCCAAUUUCUAUCAGACAACUCGAUGCAAGGCAUCAUAUGAAAUUACCAAAGAUUCUAGUCAGGCAGUUACUCGUCGAUCGGCUAAGUUCCAAGCAUCAAUUUGGACCUAUGAUUAUAUUCAGUCAUUAAGUAGUGAAUAUAAGGAAGUAAUGUACAAAGAACAAAGGUUAAUGCUAAGAGAAAAAGUAAGGAUGAUGUUUAAGAAAAUGGAAAGUGAGAUUGAUCAACUUGAAUUUAUUGAUGUAUUGCAAAGGCUUGGAGUGGCAUAUCAAUUUACUAAUGAAAUAAGGAAUAUACUUGACAACAUUUACAAUACACAAACAUCCAAGUUGAAAAAUAAUUUAUAUGCCACAUCACUCAAGUUCAGACUCCUAAGGCAACAUGGUUAUAAUAUUUCCACAGAUGUUUUUGCUUGUUUUCGGGAUAAAAGGGGAAAUUUUGAGAAAUGUCAUUCUUUAGAUGUUGAGGGAAUGUUAGAACUAUAUGAAUCAUCAUUUCAUUCAUUUGAAGAAGAAAUUAUCGUGGAUGAAGCAAUAAAUUUCACCACAAAAUAUCUCAAAGAAUAUGAUUUGAAUGAUAAUAGAGAUACUUAUAUAUCACAUCUAAUAAAUCAUGCUUUGGAGUUUCCUUUACAUUGGAGAGUUCCUCGAUGGGAAUCUAAGUGGUUCAUUAAUGUAUAUGAAAGAAAGCAAAAUAUGAAUCAAGUUUUACUUCAAUUUGCUAAAAUGGAUUUCAACAUUGUUCAAAGCAUUUAUCAAGAAGAACUAAAGCAAGCAUCAAGGUAAUAUACAUAUCCAUAAUUUUGAGUGAGUUCCAGAUACUAUCAUAUCACUAAUAUUGCUUUGAGAAAACAGUUUCUCAGAGUUUUUAUUAUUGAAGUUUAUUGAUAAUUCAAGUGCAAAUAUGCAAUUCAGUAGUAAAGAUGUCAGUUUUUUAAAGGCAUAAUUGAUUAUCAAGAUUGGCAUAACCGAUUACCACUAUGAUUGAGUUAAUUUUUGAAAUAAUUAGCUUCAGGUGUAACCGGUUACCCACUUUGGUGUAAUUGAUUGCGAACCCGAGUUAUUUGUUUUUAUCCUAUUGUACUUGGUCAAAAUCAAUUCUAAUCAUUGUGUAAUCUUUAUAUAAGCAUGUAGGAUGCAGUCUCACCCUAGCUAAUAAAAUUACUCAUUCCUUC